AUGGGCUUGGCCACGCUCACCGCCCUGGCGCCAGCUGCGCCCGCACCAGCGCGUCCUGAGCUCAAGCUGGGCGCCAGGCUCGACGCGGCAGUCCUGCACGAUCGGCAGGUUCAGCAGCAGCACGAAAAGCUCGCCAAGCAGCUCACACAGGUCGAACAGAGGAAAAAGGACAUGCUCGAGAAGCUGGCCGCGGCGAUCGAGGAUGCGCUGGGGGCCAAACAGAAGCGCUGGACCGUUUGCAGCAGCAGGCACGACAGGAAGGAGCUUCACGGGGACAAUGCCAAGUACGCUCAGGCAGCGGGAUUCGCUGCCCAGGCGAAGCAGGUGCUCGGGGCGCGCAGGAACCAGGGCAGAACGGCGAAGGAUGCGGCGGCCACGCUCCGCGCGAUGCGGGCCAAGAACGACAAGGGCUGCAACUCCGCCAGCCCAGAAGAGAUGGCCAAGUACGUCGACAGGACGGCUGCCAUCAAGGCCCGCCAGAGGGUGGCCAGUGCGCAGCGGCCAGCCGCGUCUGGUAACGUGGUUGCUGUUGGGGGGGUGGCAGCGCUGCAGGCCCAGCAAACAGCGGGCCAGCUGCAGGGGUGCGUGACCGCGGCCUUGGCUCCCACCGGGGCGGGGAUGGGUCAGGGCCACCCCGCGGACCCCCAGGCUAGCCAGCCCGACUGCGUCCCGCAGGAGAUCGGCGGCGGUCUUCACAUGGGCGGGGAAAUCUCCAGCGCGAGCUCCCACCGGGUCGGGCCGCUCGGGAAGCAUUGGACAACAUGGGCCGCGCGGGCGCAAAACGGCCGCGGGAGACGCGAACGGCAAGGGCUCGACUCGGCCACGGUUGAACGAGAAGAUGAGCACCGCAUCUACCAGAGGCACUUGGGGGCCGCUGGCCAGGCGCAAGGCGAUCCCGGCUUCCGCGGCAACUGCAGCCUGUGCAACGACGCAACUAAGACGGAUGGCAGCGCCGGCGAAGACCCGCUCACGGGGUGGACGCCCCUGUGCGCGGCCGCCGCGGCCGGCAACGAGGCCUGCGUCAGGUGGCUGCUCGGGCGCCGCUGCGACCCCUCCCACGGGGCGGCGUGGGCGGAGACUCCGCUGCACCUGGCGGCGAUGCGCGGGUCUGAGGUGGCCGAGCACUGGUGUUAA